AUGACGCUCCUUCCCAAUGCUCAAGAUGACUGUUCUACUGCCAUCUUCGACUUACUAGCACAGUUCCUCGACCUGUGCCACUUCAACACAGCUGCCGCUGCGAUCAAGGCCCAAUGCCGAGAGAAGCCUCCAGCCUUCGACGCCCACUUGGUCAAGUCCUUCAAAGCUCACCUGGACAACUGCGCGCUCUUGCUGGCCGAUCUCGAGGCUUUUCAGCCGAAGCAGGUGGAUCCGCAGGAAGCUUCGGUGCAUGAGCUGCUGGACACGCUCCUUCGCAAGCUCAUGGCUACUGGGCAAUCACUAUCCGACGAGAAGCUCUUGACCUGCAUUGACGGGGCCUUGAAGAGCGAUGCCUUUCCCAAGUUCGCCUUGACGGAUGGUAGAGAGGGCAAAGAGGGCCACACGCUCGACGUCCUGAAUACCAGCGAUGUCGAUGCAUACCGGUUCUGGGAAAGCAUCUCAAAGGAGACGUCCAAGACGGAGGUCCCAGUAUUGCCCGAGGCCGCAGAGGCCCAGCCUGCUGUGGAGCCCACACCCGCUCCGACUCUGGCACAGCCUGAAUCGUCUGCGCACUAUCCGCCCAAGCGAAGGAACGCAACUCAGCAGGAGGUAUGGGACGUCAACGACGAGUAUCACGACGAUGAAGAUCCAGGUUAUCGAAUCCGAGAGAUCUACGAGGCAGAGCUGCUGGCCGAACUCUCUCAGAAGCUGGGUCCGGCGAAGUCGGAGACUCCGGCAGGGGAUGAGCUCAGCUCUGCUGCGGCGGAGCAAGGCGCUGGAGGAGACGUCUCGCAGGAGACGGCCGCCAAUCCUCAGUCCCCAGAGCCAGGACCGGACUCUCGCACGCGGGCUGCAGGGGAAGACGCGGUCAGUGAGGCCUUGGGUGCCACUCCACAAGGAGGCGGCGACAGGGAGCCGCGCUCGGCUUCACCAACAUUUGGUGGUGCGCCUGUUGAUGAGCCGGUGGAGGACUCUUUGUGA